AUGGGACGUGGAGAGUAUUAUCGCAACAAGUAUGGCGGUUUUGACCGUAGUCAUGGUGGCCGCUCCAAUGACCGCCCGCGUACACCCAUGGCCACUGCUUCAUGGGAACGACUGGGAACUGUUUUGCAAGAGAUUCACAACCGGAACUACGGCGCGUACCAUGAACUGGAGCGUGUCUUCGAGUACCAGAGCAAUGGCCUUUGCUUCGCUCUGGAGUUUGACCACAUCCAAGGCGACCCGUACGCCAGCCCGUCGCGAGCUCACGUGACUGUCUCCGCUAAGUCCGCCGCCUUCCCGGCCGAAAUGCGCCAGGACAAGAUCCGAAACGUGGCCCUGUGCGACUAUUUGACCAGAAUGUUCGCGGCCAGUGCUCGCAGCUGUGGGGCCGACGCCAAGACUAGCAGCAAUUCCUGGCAAGGAGCUAAGGGCGGAGAUAUCUCGAUUGAUACUCCUGGUCAACAUGUGAUUGAGCGCUCGAGUGUCAAUGUGCUGGCCAAUGGAGACGUGGAGGCCAGAUUCAACAUCAACUUGCCGGCCCGUGGCCGCAGCAUUUGCGGAGAUUGGGCGUACACGAUUCUGGUAGAAACCUUGCCGACGCUGGUAGAGCAGUCGCUGUUGCUCAGGACUCUGGAUGCGAACCACUUGUGGAAACAUUUACACUCGGUGGAGGACCAGGAGACGCUGAGAGGGAUGCUGAAAGACGCUGGCCUCGUGGGGUUCAUUCGUGAUGGAGCUGUGCUUCCUCGACAGUCAGGAGCGUCGGAUCUCCCGCUGAGUAAGGACAAAGCUAUCCCGUUCAAGUCUCCGCAAUCGCUGAGUAGAACGUUCACACUUCCUAACUGCGGAGUCAUCACGGGUAUGGGGGUUCCUCAGGGUGUGACGUUGUUUGUUGGUGGAGGCUUCCAUGGUAAGAGUACGGUGCUUAAGGCUCUGGAGGUUGGUGUGUACAACCACGUGCCGUCGGAUGGACGUGAGUUUGUGGCUGUGGAUCCCAAUGCGGUCCAAAUCCGCUCAGAGGACUCACGUAGCGUUGUCUGCACCGACAUCAGCGCGUUUAUCGACAACUUGCCGUUCAAACAGGACACGACUCGCUUCUCCACUGCCGACGCCUCUGGGAGCACCUCACAGGCAGCCAACAUUGUUGAAGCGCUGGAGGUUGGCGCCACGACGCUGCUGGUCGAUGAGGACACGUGUGCUACCAACUUUAUGAUCCGCGAUUGGAAAAUGCAGCAGUUGGUGGCCAAGGACAAGGAGCCUAUUACGCCGUUUAUCUCGAAGGUGCAGGCGCUCUACAAACAGCGUGGCGUGUCGUCGGUGCUGGUCAUUGGCGGCGCUGGUGACUAUUUCUCAGUGGCCGACCAUGUUGUAAUGAUGGACUCGUACGAGCCGCGUGAUGUGACGGCAGAGGCCAAGAAGAUCGCAAAUGAGCAUGGUGAGAUCCGACAGGACGCUGAGUUUGGCGGGUAUACUCCGCGAAUUCCUCUGAGUCGCGGGUUUGAGGUCAAUGGCAAGGUUGUCUCGCGCGGUCUUGGUAAAAUUCAAUACGGCGAGGUUGACCUCGACUUGAGCGCAGUGGAGCAGAUCGUGGAGCCCAGCCAAGUGCGCACCAUUGCCGACGCUAUUCAAAAGGCUCGCUCCUUCAUGGACGGCAAGCGUACUCUUGAGGAGGUGUUGGCCAAGCUUGAGGGCGAGUUCGACCGCACAGGCUCGCUGGACGUUGUUGGGUGCCAUAAGAAGUCCGGGUUUUACACUCGACCCCGCAAGCUCGAGUUGGCUGCCGCGAUUAACCGUCUCCGAACAGCUACGAUGACCCAGCAGAGCGACAAAUAA